AUGAAUAAUUUUAUCUCCAAGGUCUCUUUGCCUGAUGCUUCACUUUCUAAACGUUCCAAUGCUGAUCAUAUAGGAGUUGGUAUCGCCAGUUUUGUGUUUGUUGUAUGUUUUAUGAUAUUUCUUAUUGUUUAUUGUCAAAGACGAAGAAGAAGAAUGGAUACCAAAAAAUGUGAUGAUCUUGAAGGAAUACAACAAAUGAGAAGAUCACUUGGUAAUCAAACUAUGAAUAAUGGUAAUCCCGAACAACAAAACAAUCUGUCUAGGUCUUUAAAUCCUAUUCAAAGCAUCUAUGACUUUGUUCCUCCUUACAAUGUUACAGCUGAUGAAAAAAUCGAUCUAGGGUAUUAUGAUUCUGACUGGAAAUUUCAUUCUAUUGACAAUAUCAAAUUGCCAAGCACACCAGAAAAGGCACAAGUUAGACAAUGA